GCAAAUUGCGAAGCAUAGUUCGACAGCCCCAUAUAAGAGUACCACAGUCUAGCCCCGCUAGCCCGUAACCAUGACGUCACGUUACAGCAGCCCUAACAACUACCACCAGUACGCCACGACUUACGUUAAUGCUUGCCUCUAUCAUUCUCAAAUUACACCGCAAGAGCUGCAAUCUUCGACUCAAUAACAGAUCCUAUUUCAAACAUACGCAUAAGCGCGAUGUCGCACUCUCACUCUCACGAAGGCGCUGGUGCCGGGCACUCCCACGAUCCCGUCCAGGCAGCUCUGGAUCAUGGACACACGCACGAGAUUCUCGAUGGGCCGGGAAGCUAUAUGGGAAGGGAGAUGCCGAUUAAUGAGGGCAGAAACUGGGAGGAUAGAGCCUAUACUGUGGGCAUUGGAGGCCCCGUCGGCUCCGGCAAAACCGCCCUCAUGUUGGCCCUCUGCCUCGCCCUCCGCGAGAAAUACAACCUCGCCGCCGUAACCAACGACAUCUUCACCCGCGAAGACGCCGAGUUCCUCACCUCCCAAAAAGCCCUCCCCGCCUCGCGCAUCCGCGCCAUCGAGACAGGCGGCUGCCCGCACGCCGCCGUACGCGAGGACAUCAGCGCCAACCUCGCCGCGCUGGAGGACCUACAGCGGGAAUUCCACGCGGACAUCCUGCUGAUUGAGUCCGGCGGGGAUAAUCUGGCAGCGAACUACAGCAGGGAGUUGGCGGAUUUCAUCGUCUAUGUCAUUGAUGUGAGUGGCGGGGAUAAGAUCCCGCGGAAGGGGGGGCCGGGGAUCACGCAGAGCGAUCUGUUGGUGGUGAAUAAGACGGAUUUGGCGGGGAUUAUUGGGGCGGAUCUGGAUGUUAUGGAGAGGGAUGCGAGGAAGAUGAGGGAGGGUGGUCCGACGAUUUUUGCUCAGGUGAAGGGGGGGAAGGGGGUCGAUCAUAUUGUUAACCUCAUACUUAGUGGGUGGAAGGCGAGUGGUGCUGAGGCGGUCAGUCGUGCGAGAGGUGGCCCGGUGGCGACGGCGGAUUUGGGGAAGUUGGCUUGAGAGGUGGGGAGUGGGAUUGUCGGAUGAGUUUGAGUGUUCAUGUCAGAUUGUCAUGAGUCGAUGAUGCGUGCGACGGCGGCCUGGAAUGGCUUAUAUUGACGACUCGCACUAGCUAUUAUCCCAACCACUAUAUAACUAUGGUAGCUU